GCUGUCAUAACCAUAGCAUUAACGUAAGGUUCGUGUGGCUUUUCACGAUAUCCCCGUUGAUCAAACACAGGUAACAAAGUCGGGAUCUCUUGUCGGGAUCUCUUCGCAUAUUAUUUAUUUGAACAUAAGGACAAUUAUCUUACCAAGACAAGUAUGUGACUAUGUCUGCGGAUGUUUUUGGCAUGUUUAGGAUUGAUCGGAAUAAUUAACACAUAUUGGAUACUAUCGGACUAGGAGCAGUAAACGAUGGGUGCAGGUGCUUCGAGGAAUAUUUUCAGACAGAAGGCACAAAUGGUGGGGAUACUUCAGGCCUCGCGGCCGAGCCACCAGGCCAAGGACUAUCGGCCGGAGGAUGACCACGGAACCUUGAACGGGUCCACGCCCGUCGAGGCUAAGAAGACCUUGGAGAUGUCGUUCACGGACACGGCCAAGGCCUGGGAAGAGUUGCGGGCGGGUUCCACGCCGCAGCCGGGCCAGGGAUUAACAAAGACCACACUGACCAUUGAGGACUUUAAAAAGAUAAAGAGGCAAAAGACUGUGGAUAUUGAUGAAAAUGACACUUUUGAUAUUCCGUAUCAACAGCAAGACAAGGUUCAAAGCGACAAACUGUGUCACGUGUGCAGCGUGUACACAGGCAGUGAGACUUACCCAUGUAGAAUAUGCACAAGAGUUUACCACGAAAGCUGUUUACGGACGAUAGGACACUGCCAAGAUACAGUGUCAACUGCACAACUACUUAGGGCGAAGGAGAUCGUUGGGUGGAGUUGCCCGAAUUGUGACACACUCAAUAAUUUAUUAACAGAAGAAGAAAUGGAGGAACUGAUGGAUACUUUUGAUAAAUUAGAUUUAAACAGAGACACUAGUGUUAGUUUAGAGGAAUUUCUCACAUUCAAAAAACGGCAAUACCUUGAGGAAGUCUGCGAGGAAAUAGACUCUGAUACAUUGGAAAAUAUGAAACGGGAAUUCCGGAUCAUGGACGCUGAUAGAACUGGAACGCUGGACUGGUGGGAGUUUCUCAAUUACGAAAGCGUCAAAAUGUUGGAGAAACGAAGUAAGGUUGCCCUCGUGCGGUUGUUGAGCCCGAAGGAGGUCGAGCGGAUCCGGGAGACAUUCACCGCUUUCGACACGGACUGUGAUGGAGAAAUUACCACAAGCGAAGCCACGAAGGCUUAUUAUAAAUGGUAUGCCGAGUUUCUCGGAUCGGAGAGCGAUCCAGCGGCGAAGGGUAACAUGGACAUAGCUCGUAUGGUCAUCCAAAGUGUCAAGAAUCUGAUGACAACAGCGGACGGGGAAGCAUGUGGAACGAUAUCUUGGGAAGACUACGUCUACGACCAGGUGCUGUACGUACUGGCUGCCAGGCCCAACGACUCAAACCUGCACACGAAAGCAAUGGAAAAGUUAGAAUUGACGUCGGUUUAUUUAAAGCCGGAAAGUGAUAGUGCUUCGAGUAAAAGUGACGAGGUUCCGUGAAUUUGAAUUUGGAUUGCCCAAUCGGGUUUCGGAAUUUUAAUCACAUGACUCGGUCACGUUGCGGUAGUUCGACCAAUCAAAAAUCGAUGAAGUUGGCAAAAUCUGUCAGACAGUGGUAGCUUCUUUGAAAAUCGGAAAUGAUAUCAGGAAGGGUUUACAGCAGCGUACUAUGACCACACCUAGAGGAUCUGAUUAAUGAUCUGAGGUAAUGGAUUCAAGUCGGUCAAUUGACACUCAUUAGCCGAUUCGUUGACUACAUGAAUUUCGUGCGGACUUUUUGCGCUCCUUCAAGCUGUACCGCGCUACGAACCUGCGGUGAGAGCCGUCACCCAUUGUGGUAUGGGACACCGCUCUUGUUCUUCGGCGAAAUGCAAGGAAUAUUCAAAUGAAUUACCGGUUCUUCUAUUUGAUACUAAUAUUUUAAAUCUUUCUCUCUUCUGUAAAUUUUAUUGUACCUGAGUAUCAGCCGUUUUGAUUGCAGUAACAGUAUUUUGAUGGAGGUGUUGCCUAUAUAUCUGUAACUAAUAUUCAAGAUACGGUGUUAAACAGCAAGGUCAGCAGUGUCUUCAUCUCUCUGCUGCAUAUAUAAAGCGUCAUCCGCACGACUCCAUAGGACAUUCAUCAUUCUUUAUUUUCCUCGAGCCUAGAAACAGUUAGCAGACGGGGGGGGGGGGGGGGCAGUGGGCUCUUUUCGGAAGUGAAAAAUGUCGAUUUGCUGAUGGCCCGUUGAUUCACGUGCGCGGGGCGGCAAGCUCUGCUCUCUUCACUCAUCUCCAACCCUGCAGAGCAAAUGUUAGCUUUUCACUGCACAGUCACAAUGACUUCCGGUCACCUCGGUCCAAUCCACGCAAACUGCUAGUCCACUGUCGUUGCUUUUUCGAAUAUGGACCCUCAUCACCAUAUACUAGUAUAUCAACCUUUUUCAUUUCAUGACGUAGUCUUGUAGGGGGGAGGGAGUUGGUCAGAAGUGCACUGUUUGUACGCUGGUGAAAUCUUGAAAAUGACGGAUGGCCCUUAAGCUAAGCUCUUGAAAGGAUAUGUAUAUUUGGACUGCUGGUCAAGACGGGGCCAAGUGUAUUGGGCCGCUCUGCAUUUCAUCAAUUUAGUAUCUGAAAUUGUAUUAUGGUUUUAUUACCUUGCUUCGACUCCAUUGUGUCAUUUUCCUACGAUUGUAAAUACAUGUCUUCCACCUUGUGAAUAGGAGGCGUUGUUCGUAUGUCCUAUGCAGUGUAAAAACCCUUAAGUUAUGAAAUAAAUCCUUGCAAUGUUA